AUGGCCCACGCACCCAGAAACAGCUUCCUUGUUCCCGGCGUUGCCCGUUACAGCCGUUCGGCUAUGUAUGCCAAGAAGGCUCUUCACAAGCGUUCUAAGAAGGGUGUCACUGCUCCUGCUAAGCAAGCUGCUGCUGACAAGACCGUUGAAGUCAAGGGUGCCAAGAAUGGUGGCAAGCGUGUGAUCCCUGCUGAAAAGGCUCCUCGUUUCUACCCUGCUGAAGAUGUCCCCAAGGCCAAGGCUUCCCGCAAGUCUCCCAAGACCGCUGCUCUCCGUGGUUCUAUCACCCCUGGCUCUGUUGUCAUCCUUCUUGCUGGUCGCCACCAAGGCAAGCGUGUUGUUGUCCUUAAGCAACUUGCUAGCGGUCUCUUGCUUGUCACUGGUCCCUUCAAGGUCAACGGUGUCCCUCUUCGUCGUGUCAACCAAGCCUACGUCAUUGCCACUUCCACCAAGGUCGACAUCUCCGGUGUCAAGGUUGAUGACAAGAUCAACGAUGCCUACUUCUCCAAGAAGGGUGCCAAGCAACAAAAGCAAUUCCUCGAAGGUGAACAGCAAAAGAAGGCUGCUCUCCCCGAGUCCAAGGUUGCUGACCAAAAGGCCGUUGACAAGGCUCUUCUCGAAUCCAUCAAGAAGACUCCCUUCCUUACUCAAUACUUGGCUUCCACCUUCACCCUUAAGAAGGGUCAGUUCCCCCACGCCAUGAAGUUCUAA